CGGAAAAAUUCGGACGGUAGCUUGGACUUCGAACGGAUUGUCAAUGAAUAUUCGAUCUGUGGUGAGUGAAACUAGUGGCAAUUCUACAUUGGCAUAUAGAAAGAAAUAUCAUUGCAGUCAGAUUGGUCUAAAUUUGCUUUUGGAUUGUCCUCUCCACUCUAUUUGGCGUCGUCAAAUCAAGCUAAACGAAAACUCCUGCGUGAAGAAGAUGGUGGAAAAUACACCAGCUCGAAACAAACCACAAGGUGGGUAUUGACCAUUGCGUGUGCACUGAUCUCGGGAUUCACAACCGUAGUCAUCGUGUCCGCCUCCGAAAAAUUGGUGGCAUGGAGAACUCAGAUACUCGCGUAUUUGUUGACAGAGAAAAUGCAUACAUUUUGGUAUGUCUUUGGGACGUACUGUUUGGCCUCCCUGCUGCUAGCGGAUGCGGCAGCGGCACUUUGUUUGUACUGGCCAGGUUCCCCGGAAGCGGUAGGGAGUGGAAUUCCGGAAGUCAAAGCCUAUCUGAACGGAAUCCGUGUGAAAAACUUCAACAACUGGAAGCUGCUCGUUGCGAAAAUGGCCGGGUCGGUUCUGAGCAUCGGUUCCUCCAUGGCGGUGGGAAUGGAAGGUCCCCUUGUCAUGAUCGGCGCGUUCGCCGGUGCCACACUGGCCCACUGCGGUACGAGUUUGAGCUUGCUGGUGUUAAAGAUAAAGGGAUUGAAGAACAGGUGGGAGCAUGGCAGGAAGGGUUCGAAUGCGGGACUGGCUGCCCAUGUCCACAGCAUCGAGGAAGAAUCCGAUCCGAUAUUGCAUUGGCUUUGGGUCAAGGCGACGAGCGAUUUGUCGUAUUUUGCAAACGAUGCAGAACGGCGCAAACUCAUCACGAUUGGUGCAGCUUGUGGAUUUGCAGCUUCCUUCGGAGCUCCAAUCGGCGGUAUGCUCUUCAUCAUGGACGACAUAUCGACAUUUUUCGAUCAGGGCAUGUUUUUGCGCAUUUUGGUGGCGAAUAGUGUGGGAACCUUCUGCCUUGCAUAUUAUCGCGGGAACCUGAGUGACUAUGGUGCCAUUUCCUUUGGUUCUUACAACGGCGAGGACGAUAACAGUAUCCGUCAGCGGUUCUUCGAAAUCCCAUUUUGGAUUAUAAUGGGAAUCGGAGGAGGGAUACUAGGUGAGAACCAAGUUCGAUUUCUGAAUAAUCAAAGUCUCACGAAGAAAAUUCACCCUGCAGAUGCGUAAACUCGUUCUUACUUCUCGUUCCGCACUCCAACAAUGUAUACUUUUCAUACAGGUGGGGGAUUUUGUAAAGCAUUCGGUGAUGUUAAGAGACGUAGCGCAAAACAGUUCAAGACAAAGGGCAUGAAAAUGCUCCGGGUCUCGUACAUCAGUCUCAUCAACUCCGUAGUCAUGUUUUUGUUGCCGACCAUGGGAUGGGUUUGUCACGACUUGCCUACUGCUGCAGCCGAACAACAGUUUUUUUGCCAAGAAGGUGAAACCAACCAAAUGGCAUCCAUCUUUUUCGGAUCCCGGGGCAAAGCCAUCGUGCGUAUCCUUAGUGAUCCCGACCAAUUCUAUGCGUCCACGCUGGCCAUCGUCGGAUCGGUGUUCUUUGUCCUCAUGCUUUAUACCAACACGACCUCGAUCCCGAGUGGACUUUUCACUCCCAUUGUUAUAUCGGGUGCUAGUUUUGGAGGUGCGUACGGAGUGUUUCUCAAAGAAUACGUCGACAACAAUAUUGACGCAUCGUCCUUUGCUCUUAUGGGUGUCGGUUCUAUCAUGGCGGGUAUACAGGUGAGUAUUCGUCAGUCAAUUCUGGUAUGAAGCAGGUGCUUCAAAGACGGUGAUAAUUCCUCACAAGUCAUCAUUCGUGGACCUUUUUGGUCUCUGAUCAACAAUUUCAAACUCGUGUGUUUCCCUUUCGAAUGCAAAUCUUCAGAGAUCGACCGUUAGCACCUGCGUAAUUCUGGUGGAGGGAACGGGGCAGAUGAGGAUUUUGCUGCCCGUCAUGAUUGUGGUUGUGAUUUCGAAUUACGUCGCCCAUUUGAUUCACGAGGACGGAAUUUACGAAGUAUUGAUGAAACGCAAGGGGUAUCCGUACCUCUCCCACGAUAAAGACGAUCGCUACGACGUCUUUUCCGUUGGUGACAUUAUGAGCUCGAGCCCGGUGACGUUGCGAGAAAAAGAACAAGCUGUUCGCUUGGUUGAAAUACUGCGAAAGACAACCCACAAUGGAUUCCCGGUGGUCGACGAAAACGGCGUUUUCAAGGGGCUUGUUCGUAGAAAGCAGAUAGUUGCACUGAUCGAAUUCGGAAUUUUUGAAGAGGAUGGUCCCGCCCGUGGCGACACCACGAAGCCGAAAGGGAACAGCAAGGGGUUGAUGAACUUUGCCUAUGUCAUCAAGGACGAUCGAUUCGAGGACGUCACGGAAGAAGUGGACGACGAGGAGCAAAACAAAUCGUCGAAAUGGAAGCUGGUGAAAGCGGCCUUGAAAAUGACCUCUGCGCUGAAAAGCAGCAAUCGCAAACGCCGCCUUGCGGACGAUCUCACCAUGCCAAUAGUGGAUGUUUCGUUGCUAGACAACUGCGACUUGCUCCACGAAACCGAUUCGGAUGCGGGGAUAGACGGAGGCGGCGAUGACAUCGAAAGCGACGACGAGGACGGGAGCCAAGCCGAAGCCAAAGUUGACGCCAAAGACAAAGACGAAUCCGCAGACGGCUACCUCGGGACGGCAAACAGAGGCAGCAUCAGCAUAACCUCCGAAAGCGCAGCGGAAGAUUCGAUUUAUUUCUCGAGUUCCAUGAGGGCCGCACCCAUGAUGGGACAUGCUCGGGUUGGGCGGAACCGGAGGACCAACGUCCUGGUGAUUUCCUGGCUGAACCCCGACAACAAAUACGACGUCGUAGACCUGGCAUCGGUAAUGAACCGUGGGGCCUUUUCCGUCCCGGUGGAUUUUCCGGUCUCCAAGGCGUACGAUCUUUUCACGCUGCUGGGAUUGCGAUGGAUUGUCGUCUUGGGUGGGCCCCACGGUGGUAGCGUUGUAGGGAUUCUUACCAGAGAAUCCUUCUUGAGGUUUGGGAACUCGAUCUCCGCGGCCUGAUUUGGCGCGGUUUCUCCAAAGCCGAUCGAAAUCGCAGCAAUGUUCGACAGCAGUGUGGCACGCACUCUGCACA